AUGGCGUUUGCGAUUCGUGGUGCGGGCCAACAGCCUGCCCCGGAUUGUUCCAACAUUCAAGAUGGCAUAACUCUGGACUUGGGGCUCCUGACUGGAAUCGAAGUAAAAGAAGGCCUUGUGUCCAUCGCAGCUGGCGAACGUUGGGGAUCGGUCUACGAAAAGCUGGAUGCCGCCGGGCUUGCUGUCACCGGGGCUCGCUCGUCCCGGGGCAGAAUUGGUGGACUGGCACUUCAGGGUAACAUCGAGUACGCGGCGCAGUUCGGCCAAACAAUGUGUCAGAACCAGGUAUACUAUACUCAGAAUGUCGAGAGGCCCGUCGUGCUGGAGCCGUUCACAGCGAUCGAACCGCAGGUCGAUCAGCUAAACUCCAUGCGAUUGCAAAGUCUGAAAGAGGCCGCCUCGGAGCAAGCAUCUGUGGCCAUGGAUCAGCUGAGAUGUGCAUAUAUGAAUAUCACGGUUAAGGCAGACGUUGCAACGCUACAGGCUGCUAGUCAGAUCUAUACUGCCGCGAUCGAGCCCGUCAAGCCUCUCGAAGGACUGGUCUGUUCCUUCACUCUCCAACCAUACCCGAUGACCCUGCUGAAGAAAUCCGCCGCGCAUGGUGGCAGCUCCCUUGGCUUGGAGGCGGCCAAUGGACCAGUGGUGUCCGUUCUUCUGUUGACGUACUGGAACAACCGCAGCGAUGAUGAGCAGGUCCUAGGUACCAUGAGGGGUGCGCUGGAAAAGAUCGAGAACGAUGCUGAGUCCAGAGGUCAGAGUGUUCCGUUCCGGUUCAUGAACUAUGGCUUUACGUUCCAGGACUCCAUCGCUUCAUAUGGAUCUGAAAACAAGCAGAGAAUGCAGAAUGUGAGUCGGGAAUUACAGACCAUGGACAAAACCCAGCAGAUCAUCAUCAUAGGCGCAGGCGUCUUCGGCCUCUCCACCGCCCUCCGCCUUAAACAGGAAGGAUACACCUCCGUCACAGUCCUAGACCGUGCAGUGCCCCCCGUCCCCGAUGGUUCUAGCGUCGACAUCUCCCGCAUCAUUCGAUUCGACUACGGCGAUGCUGUCUAUGCACGCAUGGGGAAGGAGGCCUUCGAUCUGUGGAAAACACCUGAGUACCGCGAGGCGUUCCACCAAACGCCAUGUAUGUGGGUAGCGCAAGAAUCAAGCGAUGAUCAGAUCAUCCAGCCUGCGGCGCAUGACUAUUCGAUCAAGACGAGGAAGGUCCUAACAGAGAUGGGGCAGCCCUGGGAGCACAUUCCCACACCCGAGGCCGCGAGAAAGAGAUUCCCAAUGUUAACAGGGAAGCUGGCCGUGCCGGGGUUCGAUGCUUUCGUGAAUGAGGCGGCCGGGUGGGCGGAUGCCGGUCUGGCGAUUGCCAGGUUAGCAGCUCGCUGUGCGUCUGCUGGCGUGGGCUUCGUCACGGGGACGAAUGGGCAGGUUGAGGAGUUCGAGAAAGCGGUUGACGGCACGGUGACGGCGGUGCGCACAGCGAACGGCGCUCGAGUGACCGGCGACAAGUUCAUCGUGGCUACCGGCGCCUGGACCCCUAGUCUGGUGCCCGCCUGGAACUCCAUGAUCGCGGCUGCUCAAAUCGUCGGGUAUAUGCGCCUAACGCCCGAGGAGAUGAUUGAGUUGAAGGAUAUGCCGAUCUACUUCAACUUCUCGACCGGCUUCUUUUGUUUUCCGCCACAUCAGCCGACUGGUUAUCUCAAGGUGGCCUGCCAUUCGUACGGCUACACCAACUCCUCCGAGCAGGGCGUCUCGGCGCCGCCGAAGCUGCCGCCGUCAUCACGCGCCAACUUCAUUCCCGAAGAUGGUGUCGAGAGACUAACUGCCGGAAUGCGGGACAUGAUGCCGCGGUUUGCCUCGAGAGGCUUCGAGAGAGUCGGCCUGUGCUGGUACAAUGAUACUCCGACGGGCGAUUUCAUCCUAGAUUAUCAUCCCGAGCACAAGAACUUGUUUAUCACCACCGGCGGUAGUGGACAUGCAUUCAAGUUUCUACCCAACGUCGGAAAGUACGUCGUCGGCUGUUUCGAACGAAGCCUUUCCGCCAACUUGUUGGAGAAAUUCAAGUUCCCGUUGGAGUUCAAGGGUCGUCGGGAUGCAUUCAAGGGAGACGGGAGCCGCGGAGGUCCGAAGAGGAGAGAACUUCUCUCUCACGAGCAAACCAGCUUCGGGUCGGCGCUCAAGACUGCUACACCGAUCACCAAGCAAAGCAAGCUCUAG